UUGGCAACUUGGCGGUGUAGCGUGAUUGUGAGGCACAAAAGGUAGCUCUGCAGCUCGCAGUACUUAGCCCAUCUCCCCCCGUUUGUAGAAAACGUAUUUAUUUUAAAUAAAUAAGAUUGAAGGGCAGCUGCUGACAGGCUACUUGUUUCCACCGAGGUUUCUUGCCUGCAGUGAGUAAGAAGAAUAAUCUAAGAAGAAUUUUAUCCUGUUCAUCAGUUGGUUUGGCGUGAGCAGACCUACUCAUCGGCACUGAGACACCAGUAUGCAGACAAAGAAGAAAAGAAACAAAGGCAUUGUUUCCAACCGUGCCCUAGAAAAUGCAGAGUCCGGGUCAGUCCCAAGACCAGGUUCCCAAGCUCAGAGCCUCCACUAAGAAGAAACGAAAACGACAGAGGAAAAAACACCGCAAGGACUCUCCAGCCACGCUGACAGAGAACCAUAAAAGCGAUGGAAGCGGAGAUACUGCUCAGGGAUACGUGACAGUGCUCAAUGUCCCGCAGCACUCUCUCCCAGCUCAGACUCUCAGCCUGAGGUGGGAGGGAGUGCUGCAGGAUCCCCAGGCUGAGGCAAAGAGACUGGAGCAGUAUAGGGCCAACAGGCGGCAGCGGUACAUUGCACACAGAGAGGCUCUGUUAAAAGAAACCCAGGACGCCUUAAGACAGACUUUUCCUAAAGAGAAAAAGGUUCCAGCUAAAUGUGACCAGCAGGAGGCUGCGUCAUUACUGCAGCUGAGCAGACACUGAAUUAAAGAAGCAAAAGAGAGCCUUAUGCUGUUAGUGGCCUCUGGAUUUAUUUGUUCACAGUUUAAAAUAGAUUUAUGCAGUGUGAGACACAAAGUAAAGAUCCUAGGGUGCUGUUAAGACACUGGACCAAAGAGAAACUGAGCAGCUGAACACCCUUUAAAACGCCCCAACAGAAAUGCUUAGGAUCACAAUGCCACAGCUUUCACGACAAGAACGCCUCCUGCUGAGCACAACUUAAGAAGUUAAGUUGAUCUUUCAGGGCAAAAACCCGGUCGAGAUCACAUAACAUGAACCCAACUCACAUCUGUCAGUGAAGUGAAGGGGAGCUGAUCCAUUACAGCAUGAGAACCACAAAGAAAGAUGUCCAGCAGAGAGGGGGUGGCAAUGUGACUGUAACAAAGCGCUGCUCUGCUGUCAGACUAAGCACAAUACAGUAAACACAGUAAAAAGCUUGUUGGUGACACGAUGGAGCAACAAUUUAAUGUGCAAAGUCAUAAACUCAUUAUUUCUCUCUUCUUCUUUGUUGCUCCUCUAAACUGUUAACUGUGUAACACUAAACCCCUUACUGAUAAA